AUGGCGAGUCCCCCGGGCAUUGUGCCCUCUGCUUCUGAGUAUACGUAUCUUGAGUCCACUAAUGGACACACUUCUCUUGAUGGUGUGAAGUUUCCUUCACCAGGUUCAUCUAUCCUCCCCCCCCCCCCCUCCCCUCCGGGAAAAGUCAGGAUCUACCAAAAAAAACUAGAUGCUGACCUCCGUCUCCCCUUAACUGAUUUCCGGGAGGAGGUGCUUCAAAGAGACGGUUGCAGUGUUCAAAUGCUAACGUUAAACGCUGUGAACAAGGUUGUUGCUUUUGAGAUGAUCUGUCGGGCUAAUAGCCCUUCUCGCCGGUGUGGGGAUGAGCCCUCUUGGAGGCGUCGCGGAAAAAUGACAGUUUUCUUCAUCGUUGUUGAUGGUCAUGAGUCUCUUUUUUCUAUGGAUGAAGUGUUCCGGAAGCGUUAUAAGGGUAAACUGGAGCAUCGGGAAGUGGAUCUGGUUGAACUCCUACCUCCUCCCCGCCGCUUGGAUCAGCUUGCUCUGACUACUGCUAUGCCUAUUCCUCCAUCGAUGAAUGAGAACCCGUCAUCUGCUGAAGCGGACCCCUGCAGUUCGUCCUCUUUCUUUCGUCAUGCCUUUGGGUGGUGCUCACCAUACUUCCUCUGA